GAUGAAGAGCUAUCAGCUUAUUGGAUUAAAUUGGCUAGUCCUUAUGCACCAGCAAGGCCUGAAUGGUGUUCUUGCGGAUGAAAUGGGCCUCGGGAAGACUGUUCAGGCCAUCUCCUUCCUGGCGUACAUUAAGGAAGUGGAGGAACCUGAUGAAAUAAGUCUGAUUGUGGUCCCUUCUUCUACGCUUGAUAACUGGGCACGAGAACUGGAAUUUUGGUGCCCUGCUCUCUCCGUUCUCCAAUACCACGGAACCCAAGAUGAAAGGAGAGGCAUUCGCAUUGACAUCAUGAAUGACAAUCUUGAAGAGACACCUGACGUUAUCCUGACCACAUACACUAUGGUGACAACGAGCACAGAAGACCGAGCCUUGUUCAAGAAGCUAAGAUUCCAUACUAUAGUUUUAGAUGAAGCCCACAUGCUGAAAAACAUGGCUUCACAGCGCUAUGAAAAUCUCAUGAAAAUUAAGGGUCAGCGUCGUGUACUGCUUACUGGUACUCCUCUACAAAACAAUCUCGUAGAACUAAUGUCCAUUCUCAUAUUUGUCAUGCCACAGCUGUUCGAUAGCAAGAAGGAAGAGCUGAAGAGAGUGUUUUCAAUGUUUCCUAAAUCAGAUGAUAGCGGCAGCAAGGGGAAGUUUGAGCGCGAGAGGAUAGAACAAGCCAAAAGAAUCAUGAAACCUUUCUUCUUGCGGAGAUUAAAGUGCGAUGUACUUAAGGACCUACCAAAGAAGACAGAUGAGGUCAGAUAUGCCCCCAUGUCUAAACGGCAACAGAAAAUAUACACUGAAACUGUAGAAGCAUUCAGUAGAAAAGCAAGACAGAAUCAGAUUGAGAUUGAACAGAUGAACAUGAAGAACCUGACAGAAUUGGAGGAGCUGGAGGCCAUAGGGAAGUCCCCGACAAAGAGCUCGGAUGUGGAUAGCAGCUCCAACAUGGUGAUGACCCUCAGGAAAAUCGCAAACCAUCCACUACUUACUAGAAAGUACUAUGAUGAUAGCAAGCUAAGAGAAAUAUCCAAGGUCCUAAAGAAGACAUCGCACCGGGAGUCCGUGUUAGAGUAUAUUGUCGAAGAUUUCUCUGUCAUGUCUGACUUCGAGAUCCACUCAACGUGUCUCAUGUACCCCGCUGUCAGGAAAUACCAGAUGUCUGAUGAACUCAUCCUCAGUUCGGGCAAGUUUGAGCAGUUGGACGAGAUUCUUCCUAAGCUGAAGGAGGAAGGAUCUAGAGUGUUGAUAUUUUCCCAGUUUGUGAUGAUGUUGGACAUCAUUGAAAAAUAUGUCAAGAUAACCCCUACAAUGACAAGCAGGCUGAGGACCGUUGCCACAGGACAAGAACUGAUUGAUGAGUUUACGGAGAAUGAAGACAUCUUCAUCUUUCUGCUCUCAACCCGUGCUGGUGGCCUGGGCAUCAACCUCACUGCAGCCAAUACCGUGAUUCUCCAUGACAUAGACUUCAACCCCUACAAUGACAAGCAGGCUGAGGACCGUUGCCACAGGGUUGGCCAGACUAAGCCUGUACAGAUCGUACGCUUGCUUAGUAAGGGCUCCAUUGAAGAGGGCAUGUUGCAGAUUGCACAGGCUAAGCUCCAGUUGGAACGUGAUGUUACUGGCAUUGGAGAUGAGCAACACAAAAAAGGCGACGUGGUGGCGUUGCUGAAAGCUGCCUUAGGCCUAGCCAAAGCUGAAGCACAAAGCUCUUCAUCGUCGAGUGGCUCUUAGGUCUAGAAAAACACGUCGUUGGGACCAGGUGUUCUCAGGUCUCGCUUGAUGGCUGCUUCACGUUUGUCGAGUUCUGUCUGGAGGGACGAGAGAUGCUUGUUAGCUUGCCUGCAUGUCGUCUUCUGGUUCAUCUGUCUAUGAUUGCAGGGCGAAGCUUCAGAUUUUGCCCACAUUCACACCACCAACUUUCUUUCUCGGUUUAUUAUUCUUUCAUCUAUUUAUUUUUAUAUGCAGUGUUUCUGUUUGGGAGAAGGAAGGUCCUUUUUAUAUUUAAGAGAAUUUUGUAAUCAAAACUUGUGUAUUCCAUUGGAUAUAGUAAGGUAAUGAGUAUAGGAAAGGAUAUGUGCAUUUGGUUUGUGUGUUACUUUUGUUCUGUUUUCUCGUGUACCUUUCUACUCUUUUCAAACCUAAUUCAACUCUUCAUCUUCUUCCUCCUCCUCUUUCCACCACCUCCACCUCCACUUCACCUCCACCUCCACCUCCCUCUUCCUCUUCCUCUUCUUCUCCUUUUCUUUCUCUUUCUUCUCCCUCUUCACCACCACCACCUUCUCCUUCUUCUCCUUCUUAUUCUUCUCCUUUUCAUGUUCAUUCUUCCACUCCCAUUUUCCUUUUUUUUUUUUUUUUUUCUUGUCACUUUUCCAAAUCAGAAUUUCUUGAAUGCCCUAGAGAAAAAUUUAGCUUCAAAAUAAAUUCUCGAUCUUCCGUUCUAGGGGUCUCAUGAAACGCAGCUCUGCUCAGGUGAACUCUUGUCUGGUGAGGCUUCUUUUCUGAUAAGAGUCCUGCCAUUUGAAUCUAUAUAUUUAAAUCAUGAAUGAAUGUUUUCUUUUUCUCUCUCUCUCUCUCUCCUCUUUUUAUAUAUGUAUUUGUAUCCUCUCCAUUUUAUAAUGACUCUAAGAUUUUGUCUUUAUUUUUAUACAUCAUAGAUACAAUAAGGAUCAGAUCAAACUAUGGUACUCUAUUGUUUCGCAAAUGGCGAGUGCUAGGCUUCAUUUCCGAAAAUUUUUCCUUUUUUUUUUUUUUUCUUCUUCUUCUUCUGUCUUCGUCUUCGUCUUCGUCUUCGUCUUUGUCUUCGUCUUCGUCUUUGUUAUCUUCUUCUUCUUCUUCUUCUUCUUCUUCUUCAUUGAUGAUUAUUGCAUAUGUUGCUUCUUAUGUAUCCUACUUAGGAUGAUAAUGUAAAAAAUACUUUAAGCUGGAUAUUUAGAUAUGUUUUGAUCUCAGCAUUUAUGAUCAUGUGUUGGUUUGUGUUUUGGUUACUCACGGACUUUGUAAUGAUAAUUCACGUUAUUAAAGGAAAUGUCAGUCUUACAUUUGUUGCUGUUGUUGUUAUUGUUAUUGUUAUUAUUCUGAUUAUUCUGAUUAUUAUUUUGAUUAUUAUUAUUAUUAUUAUUAUUAUUAUUAUUAUUAUUAUUGUUAUUAUUAUAGUUAUUAUCAUUAUUAUUAUUAUUAUUAUUAUUAUUAUUAUUAUUAUUAUUAUUAUUAUUAUUAUUAUUAUUAUUAUUAUUAUUAUUAUUAUUAUUAUUAUUAUUAUUAAUAUUAUUAUUAUUAUUGCUAUUGCUGUUGUUAUUAUUAUUGUUAUUGAUAAUAUUGCCAUUACUGUUAUCAUCAUUAUUAAAAUAAUGAUAAUUAUAAUGAUAAUGAUGAUAAUCAUGAUGAGGAUAAUAGCAAUAGUAAUGAUAAUGAUUUGUGAGUUUUUUCUUUGAAUCUCUCUAUUUUUUAUAUCUUUCUUUGUUUCCAUCCCUAUCUUCAUUUAUGUCUCUAUUCCUAUUUUUACAUCUAACUCUCCUUUCUCAAUUGUAUUUUUAAUAUUUUGAAAGUUUGAUAACUGGAUGUUUAUCUAGUUGGAUGUGCAUUGGUUUGAUGAAAUUCAUUGGUAAGGAGCGUGCACUGCCAACAUCAUUUUGCAUUUUCAUUCUUUUUUUUUUUUUUUCUCUCUUCUCCCUGUGUCUCAGGCUGAUGAAGAGUCUUUCGAGCUGUUAAAACUGCAUAGACCAAUCACUUUGUGCCCACUUGGGAGAAAGUUGACCAGAUUCAUGCUUUAAGAACAACCUGUUGAACCUCGACGAGAUGGUGUUGGAAAGUGCCGUCUCCCUUUCCUUUAUCUUUUAAAAUUAGAAACCUUAUUUUGAUUGUAUGGAAUUAGCCCUACUUCUGUGUGUGCACCUGUGUAGGAUUCAGGAAUAUAUAUGUAUAUAUCUAUAGUGUACGGACUCCCCCUUCUUUGAGGUUCGUACAUUUGUUAAGUUCCAGUAUUUAGACAUAGAUUUUUUUUUUUCUCUGAGAUGAACUCAGCAGGGACAGCAAAAAAGCAACAAGUGACAAGUGAAGGCCAUUUGACCCGAGGCAUGGAGUACAAAUCCUUAACCAGUGUGAUAAUUAUAGGCUAUAAGAUGCUGGGCUGUCCAACGUCAGCAACAUCUCGGCGACUGGCAGAAUUGCUGUAUUAUAUUUUUAAAAGAAAAAACGUACCACGGUUUCCAUUUUUUAGAGAAGAUUUAAGAUGGACACAUUUUAUAUACUCUAUGGGACAGAUGUUUCUGUGGGCAUUAUUUUCUUUUUGGAAGUUAGAAAAUAGUAGUAAAUGAUUAUUUUAUUAAUCUGUUGUUGCUUUCUAUUCUGAGGAUUUGAAAUACUUAAUUUGGCAGUACCGGUUAUUGUCUGUGAUCACCACGAUUUAUGAUCAUUAAUGAGUUUUUUUUUUAUUUAAAUCUUUAUAGUUUUCGUCGUAAUCUCACCCAAAGAAUUAGCGAAGGUACCUUUUGUUAUAGUACACAUUCUGUAAAGCAUUACAGUGCUUCAUAAAUUAUGAUAAAAGCUCUGUGGAA